AUGUCCCUGUCAGGACUCGUCUCGGACAUUCCACUGACUUCCAAUACUUGCCUACAACAUGGUGCCACGCACAUCAUCUCCCCAGUCAAACAGAUGCAGCGACAUACAUACCACAAUGUGUUGCCAAAGACUGCAGACGAAGUUUUGUUGCUUUCAUCACUUCGCGAGGCUGAGGCAGCAAAUGCUACACUCAAGCGCUGCAUGCUGGAGCUUCAGGCAGCAAAUGUCCUCAACGAGAUGUAUUGCAAUGUCCUACGAGGUCAACUUGCAAAUCAGGAGGAGAAAAAGCAAAAAGGAAAGGCAAAGAGAAAGCUGUUUUAUGAGAGAGUGGUGGAGUUUGAGCGCGAGCAGAAGAAGGCUGCAGCUGAUAAGCAGACGAGGAAAGCAGAUCGAGAAAGGAGAGCAGAAGAACUUGCCACAUGGAAACGGCUAGAGGACCAACGAAAAAGUCAGAACAAAUGGCAGGAAGAGAAAGCCAGGGCAAAGGCUGAAGGACGAAGGUUUAGUGAAAAGAAACCUGCCCUUGGUAAACUGCAGGGUGGAAUUCCGAGGCCAAAGUUGAACAUAUGCGAAGACGAUGAUGGAGAGUCAGCCAGUGGGGAGGAGUUUGACCUUAAUGAUGUGUCAGACGACAGCAGUGAAGAAUGA